UAUAUAUACCAGAGAGCGUCGAAUAUUUAAUCGCAAUUGUUUCUGUUUGUGGAGAAUUGUUUGACGAUCUGCUUAGGGCACCAUGGCGACAAUAAAAUUCAAAGAAGCCUCUUCUCCAUACACUAAACCAUCACCCUCGCCACCUGUACAGGACACCAUCUAUCGAAAAUACUUGGAAGACGUAACGCUGAAGAAGGGACUGGGACAUCCUAUGGUGAAAGUUGCACUGUUCGGUGUUGGAAGAGCUGGGACUAUCCACUUGUCUAAUAUCAUUGCUAGUCCUCGUCUUAAGCUGCUUUACAUUGUGGACGAUGUUGAGUCUAACAGGGCGAAUAUGAAGGAAUACUGGCAUCUCGACGAUGUUACUUUUCUGACGAGUAAACAGGCAGACAGGGUAUACAACGAACCCAACGUGGACGCCGUGAUAGUUGCAUCGCCUACGUACACACACGAGACAAUUGUGAGAAAGGCGCUGGAAGGGAAGAAAGCUGUGCUCUGUGAGAAACCAGUGGCUAAGGACAACGUGAACACCUUAAAAUGCUACGAGACAGCAAAAAAUAACGGUAAACCGUUAUUCUGUGCCUUCUAUAGGCGUUUCGACCCCAGCUACUUGGAUCUUAAGGAAAGAGUAAGGAAUGGUGAGAUUGGGCACGUUCAUAUCAUCAAAACAGUCAGCAGGGACUGCACUCUUCCUUCUCUGGAGUAUUUAAAGAAUUCUGGAGGCAUUUUACACGACAGUAUGGUCCAUGACAUUGAUGUAAUCACUUGGAUCCUUGGGGAAUAUCCUACCAAGGUCUCCGUCCAAGCAUACGCACACAUUCCAGAGAUCAAAGCAAUUGGUGACUACGACACGGUAGCAGUUUCCUUCUGUUUUCCCUCAGGCACCUUGGGUAUGAUCGACAUGUCUCGAAACAGUGUACAUGGCUACGAUCAGCGUGUAGAAGUGUUCGGUCCGAAGGGUAUGAUCACAGCGGACAACCAACGACCUCUUUCUGUCGUGACACAGAUUGGCACCCAAGGAACCAACACUUCACCAAUUUGGUACUCGUUCCCUAGCAGAUUCAUGAAUGCCUAUCGUCGAGAGCUGGAUCACUUUGUGAACAUAGCGCUGGGGAAGGUUGAGUCCUCUGUGCUGCCCAAAGAAACUCUAGCUGUGUCUAAAAUCGCAUCUGCCUGCGAGGAAUCAGCUCGUACAGGAGAAACGGUGAAGAUACAGUGGACUGAGAACGAGUUGCCAUAA